AUGUCUCGACCUGGUACUACACUCUAUGUCACCGGCUUCGGGCACGGGACCCGAGCUCGCGACCUUGCCUACGAAUUCGAACGAUAUGGACGUCUUGUCCGCUGUGACAUCCCAGCGCCGCGUACCCCUUCCAGCAGACUGUUUGCCUUUGUGGAGUACGAGAGCCGCCGCGACGCAGAUGAUGCAUACCAUGAAAUGCAUAAUAAGCGGAUUGGCCGCGAUGAUCUGUUGAAAAUUGAGUGGGCGCGUACUCCUCCAUCUGCUUCUUGGCGUUUUGACUCUGGCCGGGACCGGCGACGUGACCGUACUCCGCCACGACGUGGCCGCUCUCCUUCUCCUAGACGUGGUCGUGGCGACUAUUCUCCCCGAAGGGAUGACAGGUACGAACGGGAUUAUGACCGACAUGACCGCGACUAUGACCGCCGCGAUCGCGACUAUGAUCGCCGUGACCGGGAUUAUGAUCGCCGCGACCGGGACCGUGAACGUUCCCGUGACCGCUCUCGAAGCCCUGAUGAGAGGGACCGCGAUAUCAAGGAUGAAAGGGAGCGCCGUGAUGACGAUCGUGAACGACGCGAGGACGAGCGGGAGAAUAUCCCCAAUGGUGAAGACAGGAAAGUCCCCUUAGAACCCUUGACCUCCGCUCAUGAUGAGCUUGAUACAGCCGAGUAG